AACGUCAAAGCCGUCAAAGUUCAGCAGCAACAUUUUCAGCAUUUUUAACACGAGUGAUUGUUUUUCUUCAAUUUUUCGAGAAAAACCUGCUAAAUAUAUUGAACUUACAGAAACUGACGAACUUUAAAAACUACUAUCAAUGGCAUCCGCCACUCCACAGGGGGCAAAUCUGCUCUACGGACUCCGCAAGUCGAAAAAGUUCGCUAAAGGCUGGGGAGCUCAACUGCCAGCAGCCUACAAGAAGUUCUGGGACGAAUGGAAGCACCAGCAACCAGCAGCUGUUCACUACGUCCCGAAAGAUGGAAUGUUCCAACGGGAAGAUGUGACUGGCUUGAUAACGCCAAUCCAAAAUGUACCACUGCCACUGAUCGACCCUCCAGAGGCACACCAAGGCAUCUGGGGAGGAGAAGCCAUUAUAAAAGGUUUCCAGAAGCGAAACCCCAACAAACGUCGAGUUCCUCACUUCUGGGUUCCCGUGCUGAGACGUUCUGUUGUACAUAGUCAAGUUUUGAAUGAGUACAUGGCGGUAACGGUUACCGAUCGUACGUUGGACCAGAUCCACGACAAUCAUGGGUUCGAUCAUUACCUACUGAAAACGCCAGCUUGCGAUCUGCGCUCGAUGCUAGCCAUCAAAUUGAAGAAGAAGGUUCUUGUGGAUUUGCUGGCAGGAUGCCCUAAGUUAGCUUCCGAACCGGAAAAACAACAAGCCGUCCUAAAGGAAUAUGCUUGCUAUCUGUCGCAGUACACCCCAGAGGAAAUCGAUUGGUACGGACUGACCUACGUGGAAGCCGUCCUGAAGAUCAAGAACGAAGUUGAAUCCAAGGAGGACAAACGACCCCAUAAGUUGAUUUUUCGUCAAAAGCUAAUUGAGCAGCUCAGGGAGGCCGGCAUCAGCGAAGCACAGGGUACACCCGAAGACUUGAAAGCGAUGGAAGACUCCAGCUCGUCUUCCUGGCUAUCGAAGCUAAGCUUCAAACCUAAGAACUGGUAGGAAGUCAGUAAGUAGCCGAAACAAAUUCUGUUCUAAAUUCUAUUGUUUGAUAGUCAAAAACUACUCUCCGAAUCAUGGAGAGAAGGCAUAUAGAGACUUGCUCGUUGAAACCUAAAAUGAGAGUACAAA